AAGCUCUUGAAAAUUGCAUCAAGUCUAAAGUGAACCAGCUCACUCUCAGGCAGAACUAUAACCAUGAGCAACAAUGGAACAGACCUAACCCUCGGUUUCAUCUCCUCUUCUGUAGCCAUCCUUUUGUUUGGCUCAAACUAUGUACCACUUAAAAAAUAUGAUACUGGUGAUGGAAUGUUUCUCCAGUGGGUGCUUUGUGCUGCUAUAUGGUUGGCUGCCUUGGUGGCCAAUCUGGUAUUACAUUGCCCUAAGUUUUGGCCUUUUGCAAUGGUGGGGGGCUGCAUUUGGGCAACUGGGAACAUUGCUGUUGUCCCAGUGAUGAAAACCAUUGGUUUAGGUCUUGGACUCUUAAUCUGGGGAUCAUUAAAUGCCUUAACUGGUUGGACAAGCUCAAGGUUUGGCUGGUUUGGAAUGGACGCAGAAGAAGUCGCAAAGCCACUGCUAAAUUACUUGGGCGCGGGACUAUCAGUGGUCAGUACUUUCAUAUGUUUCUUCAUCAAAAGUGAAAUACCAAAGAACACGUGUUCUAUGGAUACCACACCAUUAAUGACAGAGCAUGUGACCAACAAAACUCAAGACCCCUGUCCUGGCUCCUCCUGGGUGGAUCAACUUUCUCCAGUGCAGUCCCGAAUGGUGGGCUGCAGUCUUGCAGUGAUAUCUGGAAUACUCUAUGGAUCCACAUUUGUGCCAAUCAUUUAUAUCAAGGACCACAGCAAAAGAAAUGAUAGUAUAUAUGCAGGGGCAAGCCAGUAUGAUUUAGACUAUGUUUUUGCACAUGCCAGUGGCAUCUUUCUUAUGAGUACCAUCUACUUUCUGGCUUACUGUAUAGCCAUGAAAAAUAAUCCUAAACUAUAUCCUGAAGCAGUUUUGCCAGGAUUUCUGUCAGGAAUACUUUGGGCAAUAGCCACCUGCUGCUGGUUCAUCGCUAAUCACUCCCUCAGCGCUGUGGUCAGUUUUCCCAUCAUCACUGCUGGUCCAGGAUUUGUAGCUGCAAUGUGGGGUGUCUUCAUGUUUAAAGAAAUACAGGGUCAACAAAACUACCUAUUAAUGAUAUUUGCAUUUUGCAUCAUCUUGACUGGAGCAUUGUGCACUGCUUUUUCUAAGACCUAGCAACCACAUGACCAGCAGGUGGCAGCAGUGAUUAAGAGGAGGCCUCUACUGGACACUAGACAGAUUGUGCUGAGAACAGAGACCAUUUUCAUACCGCAAAUGGGUCUCACCUCAUCUUGGAGUGGGUAAAUGAUUUUUUUUCAUAAAUGUGAGAAUAAAGGAAAACAUUUUCAGUCAAGUAAAAAAAUGAAAAAUUCUUCUGAACUUUUUUGAAGGUAGGAAUUUAGGGAGUGACUAAAAUGUCUACAUUCUUGCAGUAUCAUAUCUAAGGAUGCUCUUUAUUCUUUUUAGUACUUUUAAAAAUUUCAA